UGUACAGGAGGCGGGGUCAACAGCUACUCUAGCCAGCCCUAGCAAAGUGCGCGGCGCUGCAGGUGUGGCCGCUAUGGCCUACGGCUGUGGGCGCUGCGCGGUUUUCCUGCUUGGGGCGCUGGCCCUGGACGCGGCCGGGCUGGCGUUGGUGCUGGUGGGGUCGGUGGCGCAGCCGGCCCGGGCUGGGCGGCCGUACGGGGACUGCCUGGUGCUGUCCGGCGCGCUGCUGCUCUUCCUCUCGCUGCUCUGCUGGCUGCUGUGGUACGCGGGGAACCUGCGCGGGGUGCCGGCCUCCGAGCUGCCCCCCGGGGCCCGCAGCCCCGCGCCCGCGCCGCGCUCCAGCCUGCUCCGCCUGGCCAGUAAACUCUCGGAGCGCCUGUCCCAGCACCGCCCGCCGCUGCCCGGCCCUUCCCCGCCGGCCCCCGGGCCGCUGGAGCUUCGCCACCUGUGCGCCAUGGAGAGCCCGGGGGCGCACGGGGACCGGCUGGUGUGAGAGUCCGCCCGCGGCGCCCGCAGAGGCAGAAUACCUGGAAAUAUUGUCCUUGUGCAUACUCACCACUUGGAAUCCUGAGCUGGAAGAAUCCUGAGCUGGAGUCGUCAAGCUGCAUCCGGUGGAGGGCGCUCAUUUUGCUAAGACUGUUCUGCCAAAGUGUUAUACUUCGCAGGCUUUUAAAAUGCAAGUCUGCCCAAAUGUGAUCGCUGACCUAGGACAUGUGCUCUCACAAUGGGGAUCUCUCUUGAGACUGGUCAAUGACUUCAGUAUUGCAUCUUCAUUAAGAAUUUUCACAAGCUGAGCCUUAAGUAAAGUGUAUUUAUAUUUUGUAUGCCAUUAUUUUUUAUAUUGCCCCAGUAUGUAUGGCACCCUCUGUGUACAACAUUUGCCUCCUGUAUGAUGCAUGAGACCCAUGUUGAGACUUGCUCCUUUGAAGUAAUAUUCACCAAUUCUUUUUAUGCUGUCUUCCUAAUGUUUACAGGUAUUGGAGUUUAAUUUUAUGCGCAGCUCUUCCCAUAAGAGAAUGGGGGAACUUGAGGUUUUUAAAUAUAUUAAAAUUAUAUUUAUUGAGAACAUGAUGGAUAGUUUGAAAUGUUCCAAAGAGCAUUGUGUGAACUGGGGUCAUGCAAAAUGUUUUUCUAGAUUUCAUCCCUCGUGGAUGGGAAUGAGGGAUGGGUUUUAUGGAAAACAGUGUGUGGUAAUAUAAUUACUGUCAUAAUGUAUAUAGGCUGAAUUAACAGUGCGUGGAGAGAAACCUGCAUUCAGGCAGUUAACUUCUGAGUGCAUGACUCUGCCACCUUACCACUCCCUUAAUGGAGAUGGUUUUUAAAUGUAGUUUUAAAACAGAUUUUCCAAGGCUUAGAACUGUCAAAGGAGGGUAGAUUUUUUUUUUUUCAGUGGAUUAGCAAAGGCACCUCUCUGCCAAGUUUUAAGUUCCCUGCUCACCAUCAAGGGAGUGGUAGUGUCUCAACAAAACAACUCCAAGAAUCUCUUGAACACAAGUCAAACAAUGGAUUCUCUUCUCCUCCUCCCCUUCUCCCCCGCUUCUUUAAAAUGGCUGACCUAUGGCUGAAAUGUCAAACACUCUGCCAAACUCCAGCUAUUCAGGCUGGAGUUCUCCACAGCAGCCCCUUCGCCAAAGUUGUUAGCAGAUGACUAGGCUCUUGCAGUGGAACGUACUAGGUAACCUGAGCCUGGGACAGGGCUGCCUGCUCCUCUAAGGAACAGGUACCCUGGUGAGGCUUGGGUGUCUAUAGUGACCUCUCCAAACCUGUGCACUUCAGAGUAGCUGAGUAAAGACACAUUAAGUGAAAUAACAGAAAAGCAAAUCAGAGGGAACUUUUUGUACCACCUGAUCAGUGCUGGGGCUCCCCGUCCUCUGCUGGCUCUGGCAAGGGGCACUAGAAGUAAUGCUGAUGGGCUAGAAGGCAAAGGUGCAAAAACUCCCACUCUUUCUUUACUCUAGCUGUGGGGAGGAGAGGCAGGACAGGGCACAGCAGUAUCAAUUCACAGGCCUGAGAACAAUUCCUAGAGCAGAUUCUUUAGGAAAACCUCCAGUCUUGAUUGAAAAAUUGUCAGUGAUGGAGAAUCCACCAAUGGUUAAUUACUUACUGAUAAAAUGUACAUCUUAUUUCCAUUCUGAAUUUGUCCAGCUUGUUUCAGAACAGGGGAUUGUUAGACCUUUCUCUGCUGGAGUGAAGAGUCCAUUACUUCUUCUUUGCUCCUCAUGUGGGUACUUAUAAGCUAAUCAAGCAUUCUUCCUCAAUGCCCAACCACACCACGAGUAAACUGGGGCUGCCUGUAUCCUACCAGUGAUCUUGGCUCCUUGCUGGCUGCCUCUGCUGUUCUGAGUCCAGUCCAAGCUCCUGAGACGUGGUUGCAGAGCCUAGCUCUCUCUGAGAUCUUUCAUGCUCCACCCCUG